GAGGCGAGCUGUGUUCACGUGGGGUGAUUGCGGGGCGCUGAUUGGUCGGAGCUCUGCACAUGGUGCCCUUGGAGCGGAGAGGCCGAAGAGAUGCUGAAAGUGACAAGCCGCCUGCUGAGCCUUGCAGCCCCGAUAUGUGUCACCCCGAGCCGGGGUACGGUGAUUGUAGAACGUUGGUACAAUGUCCCCCUGGCUAAGGAGGGGGAGGAGCCCUACCUGCACCCGCGACGUCACCGGAUCUACCGCAUGGUGGAGGACACAAAGCACCAGAAGAAGGAGAUGAUGGAGCUGAUCCUGACUCAGUCUGUACAACAGCUCGGCAGUCGGGGUGACACGGUGCUGGUGAAGAAAGCGAUGGGCCGCAAUAAACUUCUGCCGCAGGGGCUCGCGGUUUACCCGUCACCGGAGAACAAGCAGAUGUUUGAAGAGGAGAAGCUGAAACAAGCGUUGGUGGCACCCAGCGAGCGCCAGCAGUCCUGGACCGGGGAGAGGACUGUAAACUUCCUGAAAAAUACCCGUCUGGAGGUCAGAAUGAGACAAGAGUCGGGAUGGACGCUGAGCAGAGAGAUCGUAGCUCGCCACUUCUACAGAAGCCUGGAUGUGGUGGUCCCCAUAGAGGCUCUUAAGAUCCCAGAGGAACCAAUCACCACCCUUGGAGAGUCUUGGUGUGAAGUCACGGUGAACGGGAUAGACACGGUCAGGGUGCCGAUGGACGUGGUGAUGUUCGAUAGACCUCGCAGCAGACGCUACCGAAGCUUUUUGGCCAGACAAGCAGCGAAGGAACGUUCUGCCGCAGAGCCGCCACCAGAGGGCAGCGACACGCCAGAAUCCGCAGCCAGCUGAUCGGCGGUGGUAAUCGGGCGGAUUGUUUGCGUAAGGCGGGGGACGCGGCAAAUCUCAUGGUUAUAACGGACUCCGAGGAGGGGGGGGCGGGGGGAGCCUUCCUCUCCUUCUCUCUCACUUUGAUUUGUAAUAAAUUUAUCUCCAUUUUGGAAGCGA